AAGGGUUUAUGAUGCAUGUGUCUGUUGUGUAGGCAGUCUGCUGUAUAUAUUGAUACUCACAACCGUUUGAAAGUGUUUUGGAUAUUUGCAACAUACUGGGCAUCAAAUUGUUGAAAGAUGCCAAAUAAAUGGCAGGAAUCAAGAGUUAUAAUAACUGCAACUGGCAUACCCCUUGCACUGUUGCUUUGCUGGUGGGUGUAUAGACGUUCACUGAAGGGUCGGUUAGAACAAGAGAAACAAACUAAAAAACUGAACGGUAUAUCUGGAAAAGUGAAAGUUCCGCUCCCUGAAAAUGAAGAUGAGGUUUGCAUGGAGCAGCCAAGUCUUCUGGAUGCGAUUCCGGAUGUUGUUACUAGCGAUGAAGACGUAGCAGGACUGAUUGAUCAAAAGAAAACUUCAGAGACAAAUUCUAUAAACAAUAAUAAUGAUCAGGGUGAAGUGGUUUUGGAACAUGACCUACAUGAUCAGGAUGGGUAUCAACAUUGUGUGGAAGAUUCAAAGAACGAGUCGGAAAAUUUAAAUUUAUUGACAAAGAAUAAGAAUGUGGAAUUAACCGCUGAUGAUCGAUUAAGUUUGCAUGAAACAGAAUCAAAAAGUAUAAAUGAAUCGGAGGAACCUGUAAGUGAGGAAGUGAUGGUUGUUCAGGAAAGUAGUUUAGAAGCUGCAUGCGUGUCUUGUGAUGCAACUGGUGAUACAACACAAGAAUUAACAAUAUGUAAGGAAGUUGUUGCCCCUGGGAAUAUACAAGAAUUGAUUAAUGAUUCGAACACACAAUUAAUUGAGAAUAUUCAAGAUUCUAUGUUGACUUCUAAUGAUUCUGUUGUGGAUGUAAAACAUGAUACAAUAAAUUCAAAAGACUCAGUUUGCCCUGAAACUACCACCUCAAGCCUUGAUUCUAUACCACCAACAUCAGAAGAAAGUUUAGAAUUAGAAAAUGAGCUUCACAACGAUUUUGUGGAAAAUAUUCCAAAUACGGUGAAUAAUGUUGUGGAAGUGGUCAGUGAUGAAAAGGAAGAGGAUGUUGAUUCUGUGUCCUACAACUCCUUAACGAGCAGCAUUACUGAUGACUCAAAUGAUGAAGAGUCGGUGACUUUAUUGGAUGCGGUGGAUUCUUCAGAAGAAAACAGCGAUGAGGAGAAAAACCUCCCAUCUGAGGUCCAUUCUAACCCCAUGUCACUAGGUGAAACGAGUAGUGAAGUUACAUCGGUCGAAAGUUGUAGUCGUGUGGAUACUGAUAAAGAUUCUUUGGAAGAAGGACCUAUUUAUCAAAAGAAAACGCGGAAUAAUUCUGAAAACUCUGGCACAAACAAUAGCAACAACAACAAUAACAACACCGUUGGAGAUUUGAAAGUGUUAGAAAGUCGAAAAGGUUUAAUGAAUGGAAACGAUUGUAAAUCUUGUCAUGAGAAUGCUGGAGAUUCUAAAAAUGAAGGGAAAACUAAUGGAUGGAAAGAUGAUGAAGAGGAUGAGAAUGAACAUAAAAAAGAUGACGGUAAGAGAAAGAUAAAGAACAAACAGAAGUUUGUUCGACCAAGUUCACUUUCAGAUGCAGAAGAGAGGUCUUCAAAUGAUCCUGACAGAAAAUUUGAAGUUUUUGUUGAAUUUCCUUCUGAAAGAGUUGGUUUAUUGAUCGGAAAACAAGGACGAAACAUCAACCAGUUGAAACAAGAUUCUGGUGCCGAAGUUUUUGUUCACGAAGCUCCGUUUCGUGAAGAUAUUCAAGUUCUUCAAAUUUGUGGCAUCCAAAGUGAGGUAGAAAGUUGUGUCAGUCGAAUAAAACGACGUUUCAAUGAUUUAUCGCUUGCCUCCUUCGACGACCCAUCGAGUCUGUCCCUUUCACCUCGUAUGUCGACUCCAACACACCACGCCUCACCAAACUACCAUUCACCAACCUACAAUAUCUCACAGCUCUGCUUGCCGGAAGGAGCAACAAUUGAUGUGGUUGUAUCAGCCAUCGCAGACGUGGAUUGUAUAUUCGUUCAACAGCCCAACCACCCUUCAUUCCACUCCUUCCCUAAUUUAGAGCGAGCUAUGGCAGUUUGCUACCAAGAAGGAACAAGCCCUGGUCUCCCUAAUCCUGCACAAGUUGGUUUGAUUUGUGUGGCGCAGCAAAUGGGCACGUGGUACCGUGCACAGAUCGUACACUGUUUUGAAGAUAUUGAAGAACUCUCUAUCCGGUUAAUGGAUUAUGGUGGUUAUACCACUGUUCCUGCUGCUGCUGCUAAACAGAUACGAGCUGACUUUCUGUCGUUACCAUUUCAAGCCCUGGAAUGUUACCUUGAUAAUAUUUCAUCCCCCACAGAUGACAAUUCAUUUUGCUCGGAUUCUGUCAAUCGAUUGCAAGAAUUACUCGCGCAUGGAAGAUUUCAAGUUCGGGUCACAGGUUACCGUAGCAAUGGAAUUCCACGUAUUCACCUUUUCCGACUUCAUAAUCACAAGGUUACGCUUAUCAACCAAGAAAUGGCCACAAAAGGUUUAGCAACGUGGGUAGAACCUGCACCUUUUCAAUCAAACUAAAUUAACCGCAAAAUCAGACAAAAUAUACGAUUCCAGCCCAAAUUAGUAAAGAAUUGCGCGUCGCAUAGCAGAAAGCUUUCCCUUAAUUUAGUUUGCACACCAUGCUUGCCUGGUUCAUGCCACAAAUAGUUCACUAUUGUUCCAAAUCAUAAAGUGAAAUGUUCUUUUUGCUGUGAGAAUGUAUCCUUAACAUCAGAGCUGUAAUUUAAUGAAUAUGACUGCGUGUACUGUGUAUUACAGUCGGUUCAUGAAAAUCAAAAUUUUUCACUGUUGCUUUACCAUGCGAUUAGGUCCCAUCCAGCCUGUUCAGUAGUUUACUGUGAGAAACAUCUGUGCAUGCAACAACUACCUUGUUUCACUGUAUCCAUAUUUAAGCCACCCCACGUAGUUCUAUUUCAACUGCUGUGAAAACUAUGAAAAAAAUCCCAUUGUGCUAAGCAUGCUAUAAUCCUAUCUCUUCAAAAAGGUCACUAAAAAGUUGGUAUUGUCAAGCGCUUGUAUUUGAUUUUUGCACGCUCACUUUGCAUUUAGCAGCCAUAUAAAUUAAAAAAUGUUAAAACUAUAUUUUUCAACAAAUUAGCACACAUUUGCUACUUCCUAUAUUUACUAGCCAAAAAUUUAAAUAAUGUUGAUGUGAAAUGUAUAAAUUAAAUUCUGGUUAACAAACGCAUGGAAUUUAAUUUCCUUCAAAUCUAUUUUUCUGUCUUAGUUUUCAUUCUCUGUUUCAAAAACAAUGAUUAUGUUUCGUUUUCGUGCCAUUUCGAAAUUCCAUGUUUAGUUAGCUUACCGGUUAUUUUUGUUUGUUACCCUUAACCUUCCUGUUUUUAGGCGUGCCAAGCAAUUGGUAUAUUUCUGAUUUUAGAUGCUUUCAAUAUUAGUUUUUCAUUUGCAAGCCAGUAGUUGCAUCUCCCUACAAAAGUAUUCUUAACCAAUGUAAAGUAGAAUAUUAUAACCUGAAAAUUCGGCAAGUAUACGCUAUGGCUAUGCAAUCAACAGUUCAAGUUUCAGGCAUUCAAACAAACCUUGUAUUUUGGAACACUUUCUAAUUCUGCAAAACCUACAACAAAAUUAGUUCUUGCUUCUCGCUAGCUGUUGUAUACUGUGAAUAUUUGCAUCUACAAUUCAGUAACCCCACAAUCUCCAGUCUUUGCUGCUAUUCAUGACCUGUGCUAUUUAAUUGCUGUUUUUUUUAUUUGUACUAUAGGUUUGUGUUUUUCAUUUGUGUGCGAGUGUUAACCAAUAAAUAUCUGGAAAAACAA